CAUUUCCUUGUCACCUUUCUCUUGCUUCUACCACCUAUUCUUUUCUUUCUUCACAUAUAUUAGAGAAGUGAUUCUAUGGAACACAAUUGAAAACCUCUAAACCAAGGUUAUCACUAUGAAAAAUAAGAGAAACAAGCAAAAUCUUCGUCGAAAUGCACCCAAAGGUCUUACAAGUCAAUUAGGGAUUGAAGACGAUGAUGAAGUGUUGUAUCCUUUAGACCUGGCAGACCUACGAAAGGAUGUCGAAUGCCCAAUUUGCCUUGGGAUCAUUCGAAAUACAAGAAUGGUCAUGGAAUGCAUGCAUCGCUUUUGCAAGGAGUGCAUAGAGAAAUCCUUUCGCCUCGGUAACAAUGAAUGCCCUGCUUGUCGUACUCAUUGUUCAAGCCGAAGAUCGCUAAGGGAAGACAUCGUCUUUGAUGAAGUGAUUGCUGUCGUUUUUCCAAACAUUGAUGAAUACGAGAAAAAGGAAAUAGCUUUUUCGGAUGAUGCAAAGAAUAAUAUAAAGUCAAUGCAAGAAGCGUAUGGCCAGACUCUUGAACGACAAAAUGAGGCACUGAGAAAGAAGGCUGCUGCUGCUGCAGCUUCUGGGUCAAAAGAUAAAUACUCAAGGAGUGGAACUCAGACACUGAGAAGAAGUGCAAGAAAUGAAAGUGCAUUUUCAGAAUCUAGUUCUAGCAGGGACAUGACAUUGCCUCCUAUUGCUGAAGAGAGAGAGACACAAGUCAUACCUGUCAGAGACUUUGCUGAUUUACAGAUACAGCCACAAAGCUCUCAGCAUGAGACUAAUGCAAGAACAGUUGCAGGUGGAACAAUUCAAAGUCUCAUUGCCUCAUCUGAUAAACUUGUAUGGGGGCGAUUUGGCCCCAGGAGUCACACCAACAGCAAUGCUAGGCAUGCCGCUGCUUUGAGGAGCAAUCGCUUGGAGAGAUUCAUUGAUCAUCUGCAAAACUCCAAUCAAAAUGAUGAUGAGCUGGACAUCUAUAUCAAACUUGUCUCUUUUGAGGAAGAAAGAGUGACAAAUUUGGCAAGGCCAUACCUUAACUGCAGACCUACUCUCUCAAUCGACCAACUUUGCCAGUAUGUUGCCAUUGAAACCUUGCUGCAAACUGAAGAAAUUGAAUUGUACGUGGUGAAGGGGUGUGAACCUGGCUUUGUAAGCGGUCGUGAAAAAUUUGUUGCAGACAAAUAUGAGACUCAAUUUCUUGAGAGAGGGGAUAAAACUUUGGCUGAAAUCAUACCAAACAAUCUCAGCCUUGGCCAUCUGGUCUUAGCUUACAAGAGGAAGAAGUGGAACUUGAAUGAAGUGUUAUCCUGCUCUGGUUCUGAAUGAUGAGUUUCUUACCUAAACUAUGAUGCGUUGAAUAAAUAAUAUACUAUUAAAGCAUGAAAACUUUCAAUUAUGCUAUUUAUGACUCUCUUUCUGGAAGCACAAAGAACUUGACUUUACAAUGCUUAUAAUAAGGUACCCUGUGUAUCAGUCAUGUUAUGAACAUGAAACCAUUACAGUUUGUUAAAUGUUGGUAUUAUCUGACAUUGGAUACAUAUUUCAUUGUCUCUUUUCUA